UGAAGCAUGUGGAUUAUCUGGAAGCGCAAAGUGCGUGAUAGAAGGAAGAGUAUCCAUAGAUUUGGCGAUUAGUGUGUUGAUUUGGACACACUCGCAACUCAACUACCACUUUCUAAAUAGAAACACACAACACACGCCAGCUACUUAACUAUUUUAUUUUAUUUUCUCUUCUCUUUCUCUUCUUAAUAUCUAUCUAAUCCAAAAAAUUAAAACCAUGGAGUCGGUUGAGCUCAAGUGGUUAUACUUUCUCUCACUUUAAUAUUAAAUUGAAGAGAGAGAAAGUGAGUGAGUGAGUGAGUGAGUGAGUAAGUGAAUGGCGGUGGAGUAUAGUUGCUGCGAAUCGGGGUUCUUCAUCCACAUAUUCAUAAUUGUGUUUCUGGUUGUGUUCGCCGGAUUGAUGUCGGGCCUCACCUUGGGCCUCAUGUCUUUGAGCCUUGUUGAUCUUGAAGUUCUUGCUAAGUCUGGUACUCCUCACGAUCGUAAACAUGCCGAGAGGAUAUUGCCUGUUGUCAGAAAUCAGCAUUUAUUGCUUUGCACCCUGCUAAUUUGUAAUGCCGCUGCCAUGGAGGCACUUCCUAUUUUUCUUGAUAGUCUUGUUACUGCCUGGGGUGCUAUCCUGAUUUCGGUCACAUUGAUUCUUCUCUUCGGUGAGAUUAUACCCCAAUCAGUUUGUUCUCGAUAUGGUUUAGCUAUUGGUGCAUCAGUGACUCCUUUUGUCCGUGUGCUUGUGUGGAUAUGUUAUCCAGUUGCUUUUCCAAUUAGCAAGUUAUUGGACUAUUUGUUGGGUCAUCGACAUGAAGCCCUUUUCCGCAGAGCUGAGUUGAAAACACUCGUAGAUUUGCAUGGUAACGAGGCUGGAAAAGGUGGGGAACUGACACAUGAUGAAACAACAAUAAUUGCCGGGGCACUUGAACUCAGUGAGAAGACAGCCAGUGAUGCCAUGACUCCUAUAUCUGAAACAUUCGCAGUUGACAUUAACUCAAAGCUUAAUAGGGAACUGAUGAAUGAAAUAUUAGAAAAAGGGCAUAGCAGAGUCCCAGUCUAUUAUGAGCAGCCCACAAACAUUAUUGGACUUAUACUGAUCAAGAAUUUGUUGACAAUUCAUCCAGAAGACGAAGCACCUGUAAAGAGUGUAACCAUACGCAGGAUUCCAAGGGUUCCAGAAAGUAUGCCACUUUAUGACAUUUUGAAUGAGUUUCAGAAGGGCCACAGUCACAUGGCCGUUGUUGUAAGACAGUGUGACAAGACCAAGCAACUAUCUUCCAAAAAUUAUGCAAAUGAUUCUGUGAGAGAUGUGAAGGUAGAUAUUGAUGGUGAAAAGCUUCCCCACGAGAAAGUCUUGAAACCCAAGAUACCAAUCCAAAAGUGGAAAAGCUUUCCAAAUACAAACAAGUCAAAUAGGGGCGGUACUCGGAGCAGGAAAUGGUCAAAAAAUAUGUACUCGGAUAUUUUAGAGAUAGAUGGUAGCCCCCUUCCAAAUAUUCCUGAAGAAGAAGAAGCUGUUGGAAUAAUUACAAUGGAAGAUGUCAUUGAAGAGCUUUUACAGGAGGAGAUCUUUGAUGAGACAGAUCAUCAUUUUGAAGACUCAUAACAACGGUUUUUUUCUUCAUAAAACUUGCUGUUUUCACAUUCUUCUUGUUUGGACCUUAUAGACAAUUAAUUAGAUAAUGCGGUUUAGGGUGAGAGAUGCUGUUUAGGAUGAGAUGUGAUUGAAACAUCCUUAAUGAACUGCAGGGACAAGAAAACUGUUAAUACUUGUAUGUCAAACUUUCUUUUUAGAAAUGUACAUGAAUGUGUCUUUUUAGGCAAUUAGGCAUGCCAGCAAAUAAUUGAUCUAUUUGUUUAGACUAAGGUCAUAA